AUGCAGCACGACGAAGUACGUAUGGUUAUAUAUCUAUGUUAUUUUUCAACAAUUUUUAGGUCUGAUGAGACAUGUGAAUGUCGACUUUUGUCGACGCAUAAUCGCGUCACAACUUUUGUUGACACCAACCACCGAGCCACGUUGGCCAGCAAUAAACUUUCUGAUCGUGUCUACCAAAUAUUACUUAUGUAAUUUAUAUUAAUAGCUUAUGCAUAGGUAUAAACAAGCAGCAAUCUUUAUAAACUAUCUGAAAUAAUGAAAAAUAUAAAAACAACUUGGAAUGUUGAAGUUCUGUUUUAUAUUUAUCAUGUAGUACUGUGGUAGUAUCUCCUAUAAAGAUUGCUGCUAGUAGGGGCCAUUCCAUUUAAUGUUAAUGGUUGAUUUCUGAGGGGGUUGAAAGCCAUUUUCUGAGGGGUUGUGUGCAUCGCGCGGUAAGGCAAAAAUUUCUUAAUUUCUGGGGGGGGGGGGGUGUUUGUGUCGCACUAUAAUUAUCAGAUCUAGUGAUCAAACUAACAACAACGUUAUUAAAGGCCCAUGUACACCUGACUGGAAAGUUUGGAAAUUGUGUGGCAGAAAUUUCUUUAAAAUAAUAAAUAUGUAGAAAGCAUCAAAAUUGUGGAUCGAUAUGUCUCUGCCACGUGAUACAAACUUUCCACACUGGCUAAUCUAAACAAUAUGACUAGUCAUAUAUGAUUCUUAAUAUCGAUCUGGCAUAUGUACUUGAUUAAAAAUUAAAUGUGUGUAAAGAUGUCACAUUUUCAAAUUUCACCACAAGCUAAUGAACAGGAAUAGUGGCAUAGUCGUUUUCACACUGAUACUUGCAUAUGACUAGUCGUAGGGUGUGUUGGUCCACAACUAAUAUUUAAUACCUGGUAAAAGUAUAGAUGAUAGUGUGUCCAAACAUGAAUGACUUGGCAUCCCUUGUUACAUACAAUACAUUCUAAUACAAUAUAAGUUGAUAUGGAAUUCCACUUGUAGGUGAUAUGGUCAGUGAUCAACCAUGGGUUUUGUUCAUUCAAAGUCAAGUUAGUAUUAUAUGUAAUGAAAUAUCCAAUUUCUAUCAAACAGGCAAUCAGCAAGUUUAUUUAGUAUAUAUUGCAGUAUUAAAGCUAAAAUUAUUAUUUACAGUUAUUAUUGUUUUACUGUAGGACAGAAACAAAUAAUUUUUGUAGAAAUAAUUACAACGUCACAGGACUAUGUAAUAGACAGUCAUGUCCACUGGCAAACAGCAGAUAUGCAACUAUCCGGGAAGAAAAGGGUUUGUGUUAACAUAUAAUUAUUAUAAGGUCUCAUAAGUAGACUAAUACCAAUUACAUUACAAUGCAUCCCACUCAUGCAUCUCUAGGGAAUCAGGUGGAUCGGGUCAACUAACCAUUCACAGGCUGUAAAUCCAUAAACUGAAAUAUGCCUGAGGAGAACACACUGUUGAUGUAUGGACAUUGGAAUGUGCUCUCCUUAUAGUUACAGCUUCUUGUUUGAAUUCUUUUUAUUGUCUGUUAAUGUUGUAAAGUGCUAUUGCAAUAGGAAUAAAAAAUAUAGAAAUUGUUUUUGGUCAAUUUGAAUAUAAAUAAAAUUGAGUAAGCCAGUGACAAUAGGAAUAUACGGUACCAUGGAUAAUUUGCAUUAUGCCAUACUAAAACCAAGUGUAAAAAUGUAAUUUUUACAAAAAAUAUGUAAUUAAUGUCAAAAAAUAAUAGAAUUUUUACCCAUAGGUGUCUGUUAUCUGUACAUGAAGACAAUUGAGCGAGCACAUUCCCCAGCCAAGAUGUGGGAGAAAAUCAAACUAAAUAAAAACUAUGAGAAAGCAUUGGAACAGAUUGAUACAAACUUAAUCUAUUGGCCAAACUUUAAUAUACACAAAUGUAAACAAAGAUUCACUAAAAUCACACAGGUAUUAGCCUUAAUUAAAAAUUAUGUAGAGAAUUGGUUGUUUCCACCAAGUACAUGCCAUCUAAAUUGCAGAAAAAAUAUGUCUUUUGGGUUUUUUUAGUAUCUGAUAAGAAUGAGGAAGCUUCAGUUGAAAACAAAGUAAGAAUUUUUUCUUUUAAGUUGUGCGGUGUUUUCUUAUUUAAAAUGACUAUAUACUUGACAAAUGUUCAUUGGACACAAUCAUCAAUCAGUUUUAGACAUCUUCAGGAUAUUUUUAACAUCAUUUUGAUAAAAGAUAGUAUAUUAUUACCUAGAGAGUAAAAGGAGGAAUAACUCUAUAGGUCACAGAAUUUUAUUGUGUGUAUUUUAUUUUUUUCCAACCUGGAGAUUUUUAAAAUUAAUAUGCAAGUCAAAACUUUCCUCAUGGAAAUAGACUGUGAACAUAAGGGACCGGUCAUUAUUUAUGGCGGGGGGUGGCACCGAAGAGAAAUGUUUUCCGUGUCAAAAAUUUUGCUGACCCAACCAUUAAAAAGACAAAAAUUUGUUUACCCAACCUAAAAUAUCAAUUAAAAAAUAACUACCCACCCCUGGCCAAAAACUUAACAAAAGGAUACCAUUCAGUUGUCACACAUCUCCUUUAUCAUUUCAGUGACAUGAGUUUGAUAACGGCUUGUGAAAUUUUCUGCAGUCUGAAGUUUCAUGUUGUCUGCACAUGUACUUUUUUGGAAACACAAUUUGUUUUGUCAAAAUGAUCAAGAUAGUGACUCUGAUUGAUUCACAUAUUGUAUUGACAAAUGACUAGCUGUUGGCAUUGCUUUUCAGUCUCCAAUAUUUCAGUGGGUCAUGCUUUGGAAAUGACAAUAAAUUUUUAUUACCCAACCCUUGAGUUGUUUUGUUUUUCAAUUACCCAACCUUUUACUUACUCAAAAUUUUGUUUACCCAACCUUUUUCUCUUCGGUGCCACCCCCCGCCAUAAAUAAUGACCGGUCCCUAAAGGGCAGUACAAAUGGCAACAGCCAAAUAGACUAAUGUUUCUAUAAAUAUUUUUCAGACCUAAACUUGUAACAAUAAACAAAAAAGUUGAAAGACGAGAGAAAAAACGCGAGGUACUUUUAAACUUAGUCUUCAUUUUGGAACAAUGUCAUUCACGCUGACGCUAGUUCUUCCUUAUCUCAUAAUUUUCAAUGGUAUGAUUUGAAACUUUUUAGUCCAAAGCUUUGGUUGCAGCCCAGUUGGAUAAAUCUAUUGAGAAAGAACUUUUGGAACGUCUCAAGAAAGGAACGGUAUGAAUCAUUCUUGAUAGCUACACGACGUAUGAUACUGCAGAGUGUAAAAAGUUUAUUUGUAAAAAGUUUACAGUAUCUCCUUUUAGUUUUAAUGUGUUUAUACCGAUCUAAGGUAGACAGAACGUUCUAACAUGCAGGUUUUACAACCCAAUUAACAAAUGUGUGCGAGGGAAUUAUGGGCAGGUUCUUCAGUGGUAGCAACCUCGUACCCAGGAUCUAAGGAGAGACCCUGGGAACGAGGUUGCAGUGGUAGAAGGCUUAGCAGCAGGCGGAACUUCAAAGUACGGUAAGGAACAGCACGAACCUCAUCUGCAUGCAUCCAAGCUCAGCAAGUAUUACUAUAUGCAGAAUUUUUUAUGAAUGAAGAUGGAAGUUAGGAAUUAUAGAUUGCCAGUAUUUUGAAAUAUGCGCAAACCAUGAUUGAGAAUGUGUGUGUCUUGUUUAUGUAGUACGGUGAUAUAUAUAACUUCCCAAGUACGGCAUUUGAAAAAGUCAUGGAUGAUCGAGAAUUAGAAGAUGUUGAAGAGGAGGAUGAGGUAUGAUAAACAUUACCGAGAAACGGGAAAAAGGCACCCAGGCGUGGAAAAAAUAAUCGACCACGCUGUUAAAUAGUUGCAGAAAAUUUGUCAGGUUGAAAAUUUGCAACUUGCAUGAAAAUUUGAAGGAAACCCUAUAACUGACAGAGAAAACGAAAAACUUAUAACUGACAGAGAUCUUUCCUUGAAUUUAAAACCAUGAUCAACUAGGACACUCUGUUUAGGCACAGGAUUAGCACAAAAAUUCCCCAGCCCAGGAAGAAAAUUAUUUUCGAUUCCUGGUGCAAGUGCUGUAA